AUGAUUAGUUGUAGACUUCCCAUAUUUAAAACACGGAUUCAACCCUUGCUUUUUAAGGGAACUGUUUCUAGAUUGCCAUUGAUCAAUAGAAAUAAUUCGAAUGGAGUUAAACAGUUUAAUAGAACAGUUAUAACUUCGAUUGUUGAUUGGAAACCAUUAAAGAGUAAGAAGAGGCCCGAUGAAGAUGAAGCUAAAUCAUCAGGUAUUGGGAAGAAAAUUGUACUUGGUUUAAUGUUUGCAAUGCCUAUUAUAUCUUUUUAUCUGGGGACGUGGCAAUUGAGAAGGUUAGCAUGGAAGAAUAAACUAAUUGCAUCUUGUGAAGAUAGAUUAUCUUAUAAAGUAAUCCCCUUACCAGCGCAUUUUAAAUAUGAGGAUUGUGAAAAUUGGGAAUAUCGUCGAGUAUCAUUGAAAGGUCAUUAUGUCCAUCAAGAAGAAAUGUUUGUUGGACCAAGGGUCAAGAAUGGAUUCAAAGGGUAUGUGUUGUAUACUCCCUUCAUAAGAGAGGAUACUGGUGAAAAGAUGAUUAUUGAAAGAGGAUGGAUUAGUGAAGAAAAAGUAGCUCCUAGUGAAAGGUCAUUACGCCAUCUAUCAUUGCCCCAAGGGACGACUGAAAUUGUUUGCCUUGUAAGAGUGCCAAAACAUCCUUCAUCAAUGCAAUGGGAGAAAGCAGAUAAGAAUUCAAGAGUUUGGGAAGUAGCCGACAUCUUUGACAUGGCAAAAGUAACGAACAGUGUCCCGGUUCAUUUACAAUUCAUAUACGACAUGACCGACCAUGUGGUUUUCAAUAACAAAAACGCUUCCAAUAAUGGAAACUUAUCAUGGUCAUGGGAGUUUUGGCAAAAUAACAAGAAUGAUUCUCCAGUACCAAUUACCAGUGGCAAUGCUAAUGCGAAUUCCAAAUCUGGCUAUACCAAUGCAGAAGUCAUCGAAUUUAGUGAGGAACAAUUCAGAAGAGCAGGCGUCCCAAUAGGGAAAUUACCAAAGAUCGACUUCAAGAAUAACCACCUACAGUAUAUAGUUACAUGGUAUGGUUUAACAUUCCUAAGUUCUAUAUUUCUAAUUGUAGCAUUAGUAAAAAUGAGAAAGGGCAAUACAGCUUCCCAAGCAGCCUUGAAGAAGGAAAAACUAAACCAUGCAAAGAAGUAUAUGUGA